CUUUUCUAAUUUCAAAAUCAAACGCACGCACUCUCUUUCUUCAUAGCAGUUUUUAAUUUCAACUCUCUUUAUUAGGGUUACGGUCGUUCUCUUUAUUUCGCUCUUUACCUCUCGACUCCCUUUGUUCUUCUCUGGUUCCAUUCCCCGAGAUCUGCAUCUCUAGUUGCAGGAGUAAUCGUUGAGAAACUUGCGAACUGAAAAAAAUGGCGGAAUCAUCUCGCGAGGAGAACGUGUACAUGGCAAAGCUUGCGGAGCAGGCGGAGCGAUACGAGGAGAUGGUGGAGUUCAUGGAGAAGGUGGCGAAGUCUUCUGACAACGAAGAGCUGACGGUGGAGGAGAGGAACCUGCUGUCAGUUGCUUACAAGAACGUUAUCGGUGCGAGGAGGGCUUCGUGGAGGAUCAUCUCGUCGAUUGAGCAGAAGGAGGAGAGUAGGGGAAACGAGGACCAUGUUGCAACCAUCAAGGAGUAUAGGGGAAAGAUUGAAGCUGAGCUCAGCAAGAUCUGUGAUGGCAUUUUGAACCUCCUUGAGUCCAACCUUGUACCCUCUGCUACCACCCCUGAGUCCAAAGUGUUCUACCUCAAGAUGAAGGGUGAUUAUCAUAGGUACCUCGCUGAGUUCAAGACUGCUGCAGAGAGAAAAGAAGCUGCUGAGAGUACUUUGUUAGCUUACAAGUCUGCUCAGGAUAUUGCUCUUGCAGACCUUCCUCCUACUCACCCGAUAAGGCUGGGUCUGGCACUCAAUUUCUCUGUGUUCUAUUAUGAAAUUCUUAACUCACCGGAUCGUGCUUGUAAUCUCGCCAAGCAGGCAUUUGAUGAAGCAAUUGCUGAGCUUGACACCUUGGGUGAAGAAUCAUACAAGGACAGUACCUUGAUCAUGCAACUUCUCAGAGACAAUCUGACUUUGUGGACAUCUGAUAUCACGGAUGAAGCUGGAGAUGAGAUCAAGGAAACAUCUAAGCAACAGCCAGGCGAGGGGCAGCAGUAGCAUGGUAGUUCAUGGGAUAUGAAAUUCUGUACUUCACUGGUUAAUAUAGAUUCCGUCUGUGUUGCUAUAGUAGGAUUGUAUUUACAGAUUUCUAUCAUUUCAAGUACGGGUUGUGCUUGUGAUUUCCAAUGUUUCAAUGAAUUCAUGUAUGUGUUUUUUAUUGAUCAGAAUAUGUGUCUUGGUUGUUUAGUGAUUUA